UUUACCGCAACCACCAUCAUUGACAGCGGCAUCGACCAACCUUGACCGAAUGACAUCUGCCGAACACUCGCAAUUGCAACAUCUCGCUCGCACGUUGUUGCGGGAAGGCCAGCAUGUCGUGGUGCUCACUGCACAGGCAAUCGCAUCACUAGCAUGGCUCUGGCCACUUAGGGGCAUAUAUUUCUCAGUCACCCAUCCAGCGGUCAUCCUCUCCGCUCGCGGUGCAAUCCUCAAAGCCCUGGUGUCCUCGGCAGUCGUUUUCGGCACCAUGUUCUUCCUGACAUUCUUCCCGCAACUGGCGAUCGUCGCAUUCAUCACUGGCCCUCUCGCCCCAGUCAUCGCCUUCAUCCUCGUCGGAGCCGAGACCGCCGCGAUUCUGGCACUCCUCGUGCGCCCCCUGUUCUUGGAACCAGCGCUCACGCAAGUUUUCGACACCACCUUGCGUGCGCGAGGACAGGGCGACCUCGUCAGAAUAGGCAAGACGCGGGCUCCUGGCGCGGGUAAGAGCGCGGCCUCGAGCGUGGAAGGCGCAUUGGUGAAGCCAUUGCAGAUACUCUCGAAGGACGGGCUGUUCAAAUAUCUGCUGACUCUGCCACUCAAUUUCGUCCCGGCAGUGGGUACGGCAUUGUUCCUGAUGUAUAACGGAUACAACGAAGGACCUGGGUGGCACUCUCACUACUUUCAACUGAAGGGCUUCUCGAAGAACCAGCGUGCAUCCUUCGUGGAACGUAGGCGGGCGCAAUAUACAGCGUUUGGGACAGUUACGCUGCUGUUCAAUCUCAUCCCGCUUGUCGGAUUGUUCUUCAGCUUCACAAAUACUGUCGGCGCUGCCAUGUGGGCUGCGCAGCUCGAGGAGCAAGCCAAUAUCAUCGAUGGUCCGCCGUCGCCGCAGUCCACCAAGACAACCAAACAAGCGGUGGAACAGACGGAUAAAGGGAAGGAAGGAGCACCAGUAAAUGCAGAAUCCGCGAAGGCAAAGUGAAGUGGCGUUGAUAGGUUACGCUAGUGCAGUUGAACCAAUUUCGGACUUUUCAAAGCCACAUUCGGCUUCCACAGCGCAGACGUUGUUGUGAUGCAAAACUGCAGUUCAUCCUUGUCUGAAAUGCUUUAAUGGGGAAUAGCUAGGUAGCCGUGAAAUAGGAGUAGUGUGACAAACGCGUCCGGUCACAUUAUACACGCGA